AUGUCCGAUGCUAAUGUGCUACGUGUUGGAGAGUAUUUUCAAUAUUUACGAUGUCCGUGGGAAAUGUUUCGAUUUCCUGUUAAACGAAUGUUAGCUGUAUGGAUUUGGCCUUUGCUUGCUGCAACGUUAAUAAUAACUGAUUGGCGUACCAUGAAACGUUUAAGAGCAACCGGACAUACAACCAUUCUUGAUGCAAUGCGUGACGAGAAUACUACCCACGAGAUAAUUUAG